AGCCAACUCUUGAACCAAAUAGCUCGAUCCUCGAGCCAACUCGACCCGUUUCAUUUGGUCGGUUGGGGUGGUCCUUUCUUCGUCCGAUCGACGAUCUACGUGGAGGUGGUUUGGCCCUGGAGGCCCUGACGUUCGUGAAGGCACCCGAGUUCAUCAUGGCCCUGAAGUUCUCGCCACCCAAAAGUUCAGGUCAAGUUCUUGCCGGCGAUCGUGGGUUUUCAGAUGUGUUGGUGGGCCAUUCUGACCACUUCAGGCGAACCACUUUGAUUUGUGGCUGGACUUGCUCGCUGCGUCACAGACACAGGAGGUGAUGCUCGAAGGCACUCGACAGCUCCAGCGUGCCUGCUUCAAUGGGCUGAACGAUCCGCUCACAUGUCCGCUCGAGAACCACAGCUGGAGUUUGCUCCUAGUGGAUCCCGUUCUACAGCACUUUGUUCGUGCGUCUCCCUCCAGCAGCCUGCGGAUCCUGACGGACAGCUGGGUCCUGCACCUGGCCGCCGCGCCCCUCGCGGCGCCAGUGGGGCCCUGGCCGCCCCGGGCGGCGUUGGCGGCCGAGCGGCGGCUGCGCGCGGGCGCGCGCGGGGCGUGGGCCGGUGAGGAGCUCUACUCCCAUGGUGCAGCGGCCUGUCGCAUCGCCCGCUCUCGGCGGCAUCCCGGAGUGCUGGUGCAUGAUAACUGUCAUGGUGAAGAUUGGGAAAGCAGGCGCCAAGGAGAUUGGUUCCACUGCCCUUUGAAUGUUCCACUGGCCAUAAUGGCCACCUCGAAGAGUGGCUCCACUGCUACGGCACGCUGGGCGCUGCAGAUGGACUAUCCCAAGGGCCGGGACUUUGCGUUGAUGGCCUCCACCUGGUCUCCCCAUGCGGGCUCCAGCAAGCGCCGCUUUCUGGACCCAACCAACGCGAAUGAGGAGAGCCUGGAGCGCUUGAGGCGCCUGGCGCAGCCGCAGCGCUUUGGCGAUGACACUCUGGCAGUGCCCAGGUGGAGUGGAUUGACCUGCUGUCGCUUUGGCCACGGCCGGCUGAAAGUCCUCGUGGUCCGCAACCCCUACGCGCGAUUCAUCUCUGCCUAUCGCGAGAUGUUUCUGGCGCAUCCGGGGCGCGGAAGCGCGGUGGCACAGGGCUUCUUGCAGCGAAACAGCUCGGUGGAGUUCGACUUCCGCAGCUUCUUGGCGUUCCUGGCCACGGCCGACUUCGUCCAUGCCCUUCACGGCCCCCCGGACGAGCAGCUGCGGAUCCUCUUCGCCACAGGCGAAGGCCGUUGGGAGACGACCUGGAUGACCCGCCUGGAGCUUCACAGCGUCAAAGUGCACGCUGGGCCGGUGAGCGAGUUGAACCGAAGUGGUCUUUGGUCAGAAGGGCUUCACCUCGUUCACCUGGAACGUCUCCAGGCAGACCUUGAGCGCUUAGAGCUGCGCCUCUGUCGAGAGCUGGGCUACUGCAGGCCGUUGCCCCCACUGCUGCCAGCCAACUGGGGUGCCAAGCGCCGGGCAACCGCGCGUGGCACCGCGACGGGCGUGCUGUGGCGCCGGGCAUUGCAGGUGCAGCAGGUUCGGCUGCUCCAGCGCUAUCAGAGGGAUUUCGAACUUCUCGGCUAUUCCAUGGACAUCGGCCGACUCUACGAAGUGGGUGGCUAGCUGGUGGGGUCAGCUGGUUGGGUCAGCUUCGCCCCUCCAAAGGACAGACACUAAGAAUAGCCGGCACGCCGGGCUGCCCCGAGCUGCGUCCCUGCUCCCCGCUCAGCGCCUGCUCGGUCCAGAUUUGCAAGGUGGAACGCCUCCAACCUCCGAACCGCGGACAUCGGCACGUCGUCGGACGGGGAGCAGGAGAAAAGAAGGGGCCAGUCCUUGGUGGUCUUUCAGCGGAGCCAAGGGCAGCUGGCAAGAUUUGAUGUUAGACUGGUGUGGCUGACAUCCGGUCGGCAGUGAAGACAUGUGAAGACCUGGAGACGCAGCAAGGAAUCUCAGCCCGCAAGAUGCAAGAUCUUGGGAGGUGGAUGCCGCGUUCCGCAGAGGCGACUACUCCAUGGAGAUCGACUUUGACAUGAAGCUUCAAAUGCUUCAAUUCCUGUUCCCAAAGAUUGGAGCAGGGAGAUCUGAGC